AAAUCAAUCUUGAGAUAAUCAGAAUUUUGAGAUAAAACAGAAUUUUGAGAUAAAUCUGAAAUGGACAUAAGUCAGAAUUUUAAAAUAAUAAAUCAGAACUUUUAGAUAAAUCAGAAUUUCGACAUGUCGGAUUUCUGACAGAAUGCUCACGUAAGUCAUAAUUUUGUGGUAAUUCACAAUUUCGACAUAAUAAAUCAGAAUUCUGAGAUAAUGUCAGAUUUGUUUACACUCUGCUGCUGCUGCCGCAAAUAAAGAAAAUAUAUAUUAUGCUCUUUUUUUUUCUUUUCAACCGGAAGUUCACCUGUAGCGUCUCUCUCAGUGAAUUUAAACCUGUUUGAGACUACAGUGUGUGUGUGUGUGUGUGUGUGUGUGUGUUUAUAUUUUCACUAGCACUCAUGUUUGGGAUUCAGCCUUUAGCGCUCCCAUGGCAACAAAGGACGUCGUCAUAGCAACGACGCGCUUUCCACGGGCCUGCUUUGUAAACAAACAGCUGAAGAAGCUAGUGAGAGUUCUCCCAGGAUUCUUCAUCUUCAUCAUCUUCAUCAUCUUCAUCAUGCCGCUUCUGAUCAGAGAUCACACCUGGACCCAGACCGAGAGCUCGGUGUUCAUCCGCGUGCCGUUAAAAGCCGUUAAACCGGGGAAAGUGGACGUUUUGUGCACGGAGGAAUACCUGAAGGUCAGUUUCCCUCCGUUUCUGUUCGAGGUCUUCUUCUUCGAGCCAAUAGACGAAGAGAAAAGUGUAGCGAAAAUCGGAAACGGCGUUGCGCUUUUCACACUGCCCAAAAUGAAACAAGGCGUCUGGGAGCAGCUCAGUGUGAACAUCGACAAAGACAAACAGAGAGAGAUUCGAGAAGGAGCCAUCAUCAAAAGCCAGAAGAAGGCGAUGGAGAAAGAGGAAGCGAAAGCCCUGAGGAUUCAUCAGGAGAGGAAGUACGCACUGGAGACCAUGAUGAAGAUUGAGGAAGAGGAGCGAGCGAGAAUCCAGAGGAUGAAGGAUGAAGAGUGUGAGAGAGCCGUGAAGGAACUGGAGGCCUGGAAAGAGAAGCAGAGGGAAGCAGAAGAGGAAGAAGAGGCUCGACGAAGGCAACAGGAAGCAGCCGCGCAGGAAACAAAAUUAAUUCAUCAGCACAGAAAGCCUGAGAAGAUUAUAACACCUGCACGAAACCCGAGCAGACCUGAAGGUGAGAUAAACGGAGGGAAAAAGUGCAAACAGGCGGAUCUUCCUGCUCCGAGAUCAGCGGGCUGCAUUAAGGUCAGCUUCACUCCUCGUGUCUUCCCCACGCCCUCACGAGAGUCUUGCAUCCCCGAGGAAGAAGAGUGGCUCAGGAAGCAGGCCGAAGCGAGACGGGCGGUGAACGCUGAUCUCACCGAGCUGGAUGAUCUGAAGGAGGAGGAGAGAAACCCUGACUGGCUCAAGGAUAAAGGAGAUAAAUUCUUCACCAUGGAGAACUAUCAGGCCGCGCUCAACGCCUACGACCUGGCCAUCAAACUCAACCGCCGGAUUCCUGCUCUGUUCUCCAACCGAGCAGCUUGUCAUCUGAAGCUGAGAAAUCUUCACAAAGCCAUCGAGGACAGUUCUCAGGCUCUGGAGCUGCUCACGCCGGCGGUCUCUGAUAACGCUGCGGCCCGGAUGAAGGCCCACGUGAGGAGAGGAACAGCUUUCUGUCAGCUCGAGCUCUAUGUGGAAGGGCUUCAGGACUACCAGGCUGCUCUCAGGAUCGAUCCACACCACCAGGCUCUGCAGGCAGACACCGAGAAGAUCCGGCAGAUCGUUCAAGGCACCGGACCGAGCUCAGCACGACCGACAGCGUCCGCGAGGGAAUAGGCAAACGUGUCUUACUGAGUCCUAAACAUGAGUGAUGAUAGCUUGCUUUGUCUUUUAUAACACCAGCAGUGUUCUUGAUUUAAAGCUGUAUCGAUUUACUGCAUUUCAUUGCUUAUAAUUAUUAUUUUUUUACCAACA